AUCUUAUCGGUUGGAGAAACAAAGGUGGUCUAUAACAACCCAUUGUUUACGUAUUUGUCAUUUUGCUUUUGCAGUGGUUUUUUUAGUUCGUUUUUAGGUUGAAUUCGAUAAUUUUGUUCUUUGGGAUAUUACAAUGGAGAAUAUUGAUAUAAAUAUGGAAAACGAUAUUAGGAACAUUCAAAGGUGUCUAAGUGAUGUUAACUCAGACAUAAUAAUAAAGUACUUGCUGAAACACAAGAACGAUGAAAACAGGAUGAUGCUUGCGAUGAGGGACUAUUUCCGAGAUUUCGAUGAUGUUGAUCAGUUCGUGAUUGAUCAGGAAGCUGUGAUGCUAUCUCGGAUGUUUCCAUUUGCAAACAUACAAGUCCUUGUGGAUCUCUUGGAGCGGUUGGGCAAUGAACCAAACAGGCUCAGGAUAGCAAUGAGGAAGAUCCUCCAAGAACCUGAGCUCAUCAAUCAAAAUUUAAGAUGCACUUCGACUGUAACAAACAUGGAUCAAUCUUAUGGCAAUGGUGAAGAAUUUCAAAGUAAUGAUGAUGAUGAUGAAGAAGCUGACUCCAAAGCAAAUUUACAGAACUUAAGGCAUAGCGUUGAGUAUCAUCACAGAACAAUUAAUGUCAAUAAGAGGAAGCUGGAUGAGCACCAUGAUGAAGUGCCAGUGUUACCCAAAAGGCACAGUACUGAUGCAACUCAAAUUGAAAAUAUUCCAUCAACAUCAAAUGAUCACACAUACAAUUUCCCUCUUCAUUUUCAACAUUUAAUAAGAGAUGUUGCAAGAAAUAAGAGAGAAUUUGUUGGUGUUAAUGAAAUUAUAAGUAUUUCCGAUUCUGAAACUGCAAAUGAUGUCAUCGAUAUUACUGACGAUAUACAGAUGGAUGAGGUGGUCGCCAUCGAGGUACCAGUCGCUGAGAUUCACAAACCAGAAACUUUAACGAACGCUGUUGAGGAUAUUAUACCGCAACCCGUUAAUAUGAUCUUGUACAACUCGAUCUCUUCAGUAUUCCCAGAUGCAGAACCUGAAUUCCUCAAGCAUUUCUGCAUAUCUCAGCAAUACAAUGAAACUAUUGCAUCAGGCAUAAUAAACACAAUUCUAGCAAUGCCAAAUUAUCCAUUAAGAAAGGUGAUUGUGAAAGAAGAACAUCAGGAGCAGCAAUUGGAGCUGAUGGAUGAGGAUUCUCAAUUCGAAAUGCUUAAGCAGAUACUGCCGAAGGCAGAUCCGACGUACCUGAGGGACAAAAUUGGCACAUUCAAGACGGUCAAUGAUUUCCAGUCGUUCAUAACCGAGGCUCUGGACAAACACCAAUAUCCAACGCUGGAAGAAUACGAAAGGAAGAACCGCGCCUUCGCCCAACUGAAAAAGUAUACGAGCGAGUUCAAUGUGCAAUGCUUCGUGGAAAAUAUUCCGAACGUGGAGGAGUACUUUCAGGAAAUGAACAAGAAACUCUUGUUGUACGAUCCCAGACACGAGAGGGACAUCAUCGAUUUCCUUAAGAACAAAUACCGUAAUAUCAGCGUUAAGAAUAUCGCGCUUUUCAAGCACGAGUCGACUACAAUUUUCGAAGUAUGCCAAAAACUUGACAAUUGCAGGAAAACGUUGAAGACAAAACGCUCGCUCUGUCCAUUAGAACAUAUCAGAGACAUACCUCUACUACAAAUGUUUGCAUAUAUGACGCACCGGAAGGAAAUCAUGAAUUACAUAUACACGAUGAAGGAGAAGAAGGAGAACCAAAGGAUAUUAGCCAAAGAGUUGAACUUGUGGGUCACUUGCCAAUGUUGUUACGAUGAGGAGAUUAUGCCUGAGGACGUUGUGAACUGCGCUUCUGGAUGCAUCUGUUGUAGUACCUGCGCCCAAAGGUCCAUAGAGAUAGCGUUCGGAGAGGGAAAACUCGACUAUCCGUGCCUUUCCGAUUGCGGAAUUAUGUUCCCCUUCCAAUAUAUACAGACGUUCCUUAGUCCGAAGCUGUUUUCGAAGAUCGCUUUGAAGAAGCAGGUGCAGGAGGUCAAAGCUGCAGAACUUGAAGGCGUGGAACAGUGUCCGUUCUGCGAUUUUAUGACUAUUCCGCCGUCCACCGAUAAGAUUUUCAAGUGUCUGAAUCCUGAUUGCCUGAAGGAGUCUUGCAGACAAUGCAACGAACUCUCGCACAUACCGUUGCGAUGCGACGAGAUUGAAAAGGACGAAGAAGUUAAGAAUCGUGUUUACAUUGAAAACAAAAUGACAGAAGCUCUAAUUAGAAAAUGUUGGAAGUGCCAUACAAAAUUCAUCAAAUCGGACGGUUGCAACAAGAUGACCUGCGUUUGUGGUGCAACGAUGUGUUACAUUUGUAACAAACCGGUGACCGAUUACAAGCAUUUCAACGGCCAAGGAGGACACAACACUCAUCUAUGCCCAUUAUAUAGUGAUACCAAUAAGUUACAUGAGCACGCCGUGCGCUCCGUAGCCAAAAAAGCGAAGGCGGAAGUCGGUCAAAGCCUGAAGAUCGAUCCAACAACAAACAUCCAUCAAUACUACAAAGAGUACAACCAGAACAAUCCGCAGACUAUUCCGCCUGGCAUGCUCUUCAAUAUGCAUUAAUAUUAAAUUUUAAAUAUCUUAUUAUUAUUAUUUUUAUAUAAAUACUAACUAGUAA